CUAUUUAACUUUUCUCUCUCUGAGGCUCACCAGUCUUUCCAGUUCUUCCUCCAAGUGUUCCUCUUCUUCUCAUUAGGGUGAAAACACACUAAACCACCAAGAUGUCAGAAAAAAAGAUGACCUCCAGCCGUAGGCACCAUUUGAAGAGCCUGGUGCUCUCCAUCGCCUUCAAUCUCCUGGACGCUGAAGCCAAGCAGGUUGUUAUUGAUAAGGAGACGUACAUGAGUGAACACUGCCCUGCUCUGAAUCUGCCUGGAUCCCAGCAAGAGCUGCAGGACCUGUGCAAGAAGCUGCACCAACAGAUCGACACCAUUGAUGAGGAGAGAUACGACUUGGAGGGAAAGGUUUCCAAGGCAAACAAGGAGAUUGAGGAUCUGAAGCUCAAGGUGGUCGACCUGAUUGGCAAGUUCAAGAAACCCGCGUUGAAGAAAGUGCGCAUGUCUGCCGAUCAGAUGCUUGGGGCUCUUCUGGGCUCCAAACACAAGGUGUCCAUGGAUCUGAGAGCCAACCUGAAACAAGUCAAGAAGGAGGUCAAAGAGGAGUCUGUAGAACAAGUCGGCGACUGGCGUAAGAACGUGGAGGACAAGGCCGGUAUGGGCGGCAGGAAGAAGAUGUUUGAGUCCGAGGCUUAAGAUGUAUCGUUUUUAUUCUCCCAUAUGUCUUACAUUUUCUCUGCCAAACAUCUUUCUAUCCUGUGAGCCUCCCGUUCAAAUAAAAAGUAUUUUUCCUGGA